CGUUUAUUUACUAGGAAGAAGCGCGUGUCACCGAAGCUAGCAAAUGUUUAACCAUAUUUAACAUAGAUACGUCUUUAAGAGUUAUUAAAGAAAGACAUGUUUUGCUAAAUAGUUUGUGGGCGAUGAUGCGGUAUUAUACGGUGCUAGUUUUGACAGGUUAAUGCUAACUUUAGCCACUUAGUUUAAGCCUCGAAGAGCUAAAUUUAGCUGAUCUAACGGUGUAUCAAUGGAUCCUUUUCAUUUUAAUGUCUAAUAAAAACACUUCCCCGAAUGUGUGAGGGGCUGAAAUCUGGUAGGAAUGAGGUCUCUAAACUACGUCCAGCGAGUCAGUUUGGAUUUCACAGGAACUCUGUUUCCUCAUGCUAUCUGUCUAGGAGAUGCAGACAAUGACUCGUUGAAUGAACUUGUUGUGGGAGACACCAGUGGAAAGCUGCUUGUGUACAAGAAUGAUGACUCCAAACCCUGGAUCACAAGAACCUGUGUAGGCAUGUUGACCUGUGUUGCAGUUGGGGAUGUCUGUAACAAAGGAAAGAACUUUGUGGUUGCUGUAGGUGCAGAGGGCUGGUUUCACCUCUUUGACUUGACAGCUGCCACUGCAAGCAAAGCUGACUCAACAAGCCAGCAUGAAGCCCUAUCCUUUGAAGACCAGAGACCCUUUUUCACCCAACAUAUACCUGCCAACACCAAAGUCAUCCUCAUUAGUGAUAUUGAUGGUGACGGCCGCUGUGAGUUGGUGGUGGGCUACACAGACAGAGUGGUGCGAGCUUUCCGAUGGGAGGAGCCCUCUGAUGGUUCAGACCUGGGAUCUGGACAACUGGUUCAGCUGAAAAAAUGGCUUCUGGAGGGGCAGGUGGACAGUCUGUCAGUGAACCCUGGUCCAGAGGGUUUACCAGAGCUGAUGGUCUCACAGCCUGGAUGUGGUUAUGCUAUCCUACUGUGCUCCUGGACUCAGCAGGACUCUUCUGGAUCUGGAGAGGAGGGCCUUGCCACAACAGGGAGUGAGGGGCCUUCACGAGAUGUAGUUCUUCACCUGACUACUGGACGGAUACAUAAUAAGAAUGUGUCCACUCAUCUCAUUGGCAGCAUAAGCAAAGGAUCAAAAGAGGAAUCCUCGAAAUGUGGACUGUUUGCUCUCUGUACUUUAGAUGGAACCUUGAAGCUGAUGGACAGCUCAGAGCAGUUGUUGUGGUCCGUGCAGGUGGAUCACCAGCUCUUUGCCUUGCAGAAGUUGGACGUUACAGGAGACGGCAGAGAAGAGGUGGUAGCGUGUGCUUGGGAUGGUCAAACCUAUAUUAUUGACCACAAUCGAACAGUGGUGCGGUUCCAGUUCGACGAGAAUGUGAACGCCUUCUGUGCAGGUCAAUAUACAUGCAAAGAAGGUAAAAACAGUCCCUGUUUGGUCUACGUCAGCUUCAGCCACAAAAUCUACAUCUACUGGAAGGUGGGGCUGGAGCGCAUGGAGUCCACUAACCUCCUACGGGUCCUGGAGGAGAAACCUGAAUUCAGGAGCCACCUGAAGGUGCUGGGAGUGGAUGCUGAAGACCCAGCAACAGUGAGAACACUGGUGACAAACCUACUCUACAAGGAUUCACAGAUGUAGCACUGUGACAUACAUAUCCACACAUUGCUGUCUCUGAUUUCCCCAUUGACUGUAAAUACUCCGUUAAUAAACAUUGAAUGUCUGUCCCCCA